AUGGCUAGGAAAGCUUAUUAACCAAAAAGGAGGAGUAAUUCAAAUCAAAAUUAAUAGAGAUCUGAUAGCCUGAAAAAAAAUAAAUAGGAUAAUUUGAGAUCUAAAUCUGCUGGGAAUUAAUAAGGGAAUGAAAAAAACAAAAAAGAUAUUCAAGACCAAAGAAAUAAAGCAAGUACAAAAAAGAAAAGGGAGUCAUCAGGAGAAAAAUAUGAGUCUGCAAGAGAUAAAGUUAUUAGAAGAUUUAGGCCAGGGGAUAAUGCCCUUAAGCAAUUAAGAUAAUAUAAUUAGACUCCAUCAUUGCUAAUAAGAAAAUUACCCUUUUAGAGGUUAAUAAGAGAGAUUUCUACAAGAAUGACAGAAGAAGAUUCGCUGAGAUGGACAAGUUUUGCUCUGGUUUUACUUUAAACAGUUGUAGAAGAUUAUAUGGUUUCAUUUUUUGAAGAUGCGAAUGCUUGUGCUCUCCAUGCUAAAAGAGUUACUCUCAUGUCUAAAGAUCUUGCUCUUGCGGCAAGAAUUAGGGGAUAAAAAAAUGUUACAGGUAUAUUUAUCCCUACUAAAAAAUGA